GGGCGUCUGUUGGGUCACGUGGUCCCGGUGGUUCUGCCGCGGUGUCAGGAGCUGCAGCGGGUCGGGUUCUGCCGCCGAGGGAACCGCAGACGGUCCGCGGACCCAGAGCAGCAGGUGAUGUGAGGCGAUGCUCGCUCGCCCACCAUGCCCAGUGUCACGCUGAGGUACUUCUGCUAUGGCUGCCUCGUUACCUCGGCAACCUGGUCCGUCCUCCUCUACCUGUACUUCUUCCUGGGGGCGGAGCCUAGCAGGAACCCUGUGCCGCACCGCGCCCGGCCGAUCGGAGCUGUGUCCGACCACAAGGGGGCGGAGCUGUCGCCGGAGGAGGGGAUGAUCUACAACGAGGCGGACCAGGAGGUCCGAGACGCCGGCUACCAGCGCCACGCCUUUAACGUCCUGAUCUCCAACCGGCUGGGCUUCCACCGCCCGCUGCCCGACACCCGCGACCCACGGUGCCGUCAGAAGGCGUACCCUUCGGCGCUCCCGGCCGCCAGUAUCGUGAUCUGCUUCUUCAACGAGGCGCCGUCCGCCCUGCUCAGGACCGUCCACAGCGUUCUGGACCGAAGCCCCGCCCACCUGCUGCACGAGGUCAUCCUAGUGGACGACCAUUCUGCUGCAGAAGAGCUGAAGGACGAGCUGGACCGGUACCUGAGGACGGAGCUACAGGGCAAGGUCCGAUUGGUCCGGAACCAGCAGAGGGAGGGGCUGAUCCGGGGACGAAUGAUCGGAGCCGCCCACGCCACAGGUGAGGUCCUGGUGUUCCUGGACAGCCACUGCGAGGUGAACGAGGCGUGGCUGCAGCCGCUGCUGGCGCCGGUGCAGGCGGACCGCCGUACCGUGGUCUGCCCCGUCAUCGACAUCGUCUCCGCCGACACGCUGGCGUAUUUCGCCUCGCCCAUCGUCCGCGGCGGCUUCAACUGGGGGCUGCACUUCAAGUGGGACCCGGUGCCGCCGGCCGAGCUCAGCGGGCCCGACGGCGCCGCCGGACCCUUCAGGUCUCCCACCAUGGCGGGGGGAUUGUUCGCCAUGGACAGGAAGUACUUCUUCGAGCUGGGCCAGUACGACGGUGGCAUGGACAUUUGGGGAGGAGAGAACCUGGAGAUCUCGUUUCAGAUCUGGAUGUGCGGCGGCCAACUGCUGAUCGUCCCGUGCUCCAGGGUGGGACACAUCUUCAGGAAGCGGCGGCCGUACGGCUCACCUGGAGGACAGGAUACCAUGGCCCAUAAUUCCUUGCGGCUGGCGCAUGUCUGGAUGGAUGACUUCAAGGAGCAGUACCUGGCGCUGCGACCUGAGCUGCGUAACCGUGAUUACGGUGACAUCAGCGAGCGGGCGUUGAGGAAGCGGCUGCAGUGUCGCUCGUUCCGCUGGUAUCUGGACGCCGUUUACCCCGAGAUGCAGGCCGUCGCCAACGGCAACAAGCAGGCGCCUCCGUUGGUCCACAAAGGCCUGAGGCGGCCCAAAGUCCUGCAGCGCGGCCGGCUGCGUAACCUAGCGACCGGACGCUGCCUGGUGGCGCAGGGGCGGGUCAGCCAGAAGGGCGGCGCCGUCGUCCUGAGGCCGUGUAACCACGGAGACCCGGAGCAGGACUGGUCGUACGACGAGGACGGGCAGCUGGUUCUGGCCGGCCUGCUGUGCCUGGACGUGUCGGAGGUCAGGACCUCUGACCUCCCGCGGCUCAUGAAGUGUCACGGCUCAGGGGGGUCGCAGCAGUGGAGCCUGGGGAAGGCCAACCGGCUCUACCAGGUCUCUGUGGGUCAGUGUCUCGCCGUUUCCCGUCCAGCCGGACCGAAGGGCUAUGUUGCCAUGGCGAUCUGCGACGGCAGCGAGCUGCAGCAGUGGCAGCUGGAGGGCUGACGAACCGGCGGGUCCGGUGGGACAAGGUUCUGGUUCCGGUUCUGGUUUUUAACUGUAGUUUUUACUGAAGGAACAUUCUGAUCUUUGCUGCUUUUAAUCUCUAAUAAAAGGUUCUGAACGUCU